UGAAUAUUGUAUCCUCUUUUUAUAUGAGGAGAACAGUUCUGAGAUAAGGUCCCUCCUAAUGAGUAUGUCCCUUGAUCUUCCUCACUACACUGACCUGGAGUGGAGACUGGAGGCACAACUGAGCUCUAGAUCACUGGAACGACAAGUACAACCAUCAAUACUACUGAGACUACAUGCUGAGGAGGAAGGUGUUCCUAGUGUUCAUACAAUAGAGACUGAUCCUGUUAAUCUCAUUCAUUUGACUAACAGUCUUGAGACAGCACUAGCUGAAAUAAAGAGUCAACAUUGCAGACGAAUAAUGAGGGGCAUUAAAUGAUAAAGUAGAAACAUUUUAGUCUGAUGUUAAUGUUUGUAUUUCUGUAUAAAACUAAAAUAAAGUGUGUCUGUGUUUCCUUGUGUUUGAACUGUUAAUGUAGCUGAAAACUUUUU